GUUUAUUUCUAACUCUUGUUUUUACAAAAAUUUGUGCAGAUUUUAUCAAAGAUACUGGUAUUAUGGAAAUGCGUGAAGCGGUUAAGGAGAAGGAAGAUGCCGCAAAAUUGAAACAAAAAACUCGUGAGCGUGUCCAACCAAAAAUGGGCAAAUUAGACAUUGAUUAUCAAAAAUUACACGAUGCAUUUUUCCGAUUUCAAUCAAAACCUAAAUUGACAAUUCAUGGAGAACUGUACUACGAAGGAAAAGAAUUCGAGACUAAACUUAAAGAAAAAAAACCGGGUCAACUUUCAGAAGAACUGAAAGCUGCCUUGAAUAUGCCUCCUCUUGCUCCUCCUCCAUGGUUAAUAGCGAUGCAGAGAUAUGGUCCACCACCUAGUUAUCCUAAUCUAAAAAUUCCAGGAUUGAACGCUCCUAUUCCGGAAGGUGCCCAAUGGGGAUUUCAUCCUGGUGGAUGGGGAAAACCUCCGGUAGAUGAGUACAAUCGUCCACUGUAUGGCGAUGUUUUUGGAACAUAUCAACAAGAAAUUCCCUCAGAU